AUGAAAACGAGGGAACUUGUUCUUGAUCUUUUUAGAUUAUGUGGCAGUUAUAGUUCAGCCAUACAAUUGCAUUCUCUCGCCAUCAAGACUGGGUUUGUUCAAGAUAGUUUUAUUGCCGCCAAGUUGAGUAACUGCUAUAUCAAAUACUCAUCGCUUGAAGCCACACGCAAGCUGUUUGAUGAAACGCUUCAACCAACUGUGUAUAUAUGGAAUUCCCUCCUGAAAUGUUACUGUAUGAAGAAGUCAUAUGUAGAAACUCUUCAGCUCUUUCGUGAUAUGUUGUCUGUUGAAAUACCUGACCAGGCUACCAUAUCAAUUGCUUUAAAGGCGUGUUCUGGAUUGUUAGAGCUCAGGUAUGGAAGAACGCUUCAUGGGUUUGUUAAAAAGAACUAUGAGAUGGAUUCAGAUUUAUUUGUGGGGUCUGCUCUGAUUGACAUGUAUACAAAAAGUGGACGUUUGGAUGAAGUUUUAAGAGUUUUCAAGGAAUAUCCAGAUCCAGAUACUGUUAUGUGGACUCACAUUAUUACUGGAUACCAGCAGAAUGGCGACUCAUAUUUGGCACUAGGCUUCUUUUCACGAAUGUUAAUGGAGGGGCAUGUAAUUCCUGACUCAGUAACACUUGUUAGUGUUCUUUCUGCCUAUGCACAGUUACCAGACCUUAUGGCUGCAAGCUGUGUUCAUGGAUUUGUGAUUAAGAAGGGGUUUGAAAAUGUUCUUUCAGUUUGUAAUGCUUUACUAAAUGUUUACUCAAAAUCUGGUUCUGUAGUUUCUGCAGCUACUUUAUUUAGGAAUAUGGAGGAAAGAGAUGCCAUUUCUUGGGCUUCUAUGGUUUCUUGUUAUGCUCAUAACAAAGCUGCUGAUGACGCAUUAAAUCUUUUCAAUGAAAUGAUGUGUAAAAGGGUUGAACCCAAUCUGGUAUCUGUUAUAAGUGCUCUUCAAGCAUGUGAAGCCAUGUGUAACUUAGAAGAAGGAAAGAAGAUCCAUGAAGUUGCUGUAAGAAAAGGGUUUGAGUUAGAUGUGUUUGUUUCUACAGCUCUAAUUGACAUGUACAUGUUCUGUUCUUCCCCUGAUGAAGCCAUGGAACUCUUUGAAAGGAUGCCUAAGAAAGAUGUAGUUUCUUGGAUAGCUUUGUUAAAUGGAUGCGUCCAAAAUGGACUUUCAUAUAAGUCAAUGGAGAUUUUUGUUAACAUGUUGUCUAUCAAAAUCCAACCAGAUGCUAUUCUUAUGGUGAAAAUCCUCACAUCUUGUUCAGAAUCAGGAGUUCUUCAACAGGGUAUGUGCCUUCAUGGAUAUGUCAUCAAACAUGGCUUUGAACAUCAUUCCUUUGUUGGAGCUUCACUCAUUGAAUCUUACUCUAAAUGUGGUAGUUUGAAUAACGCCAUUAAAGUAUUCAAAGCUAUAGAUGAUAAAGAUGUUGUGAUUUGGAGCACAAUGAUUGCAGGUUAUGGAAUUCAUGGGAAGGGGAGGGAAGCUCUUGACUUAUUCAAUUCCAUGGUCAAGAUUUCAAGAAUCAAACCAAACAACGUGACAUUCGUUUCAGUUUUAUCUGCAUGCAGCCAUGCAGGGUUGGUUAAAGAAGGUAUGGAAGUCUUCAAUAUCAUGGUGAAUGAGUAUCAACUAACACCUGAAUUAAAUCAUUAUGCAAUAAUGGUUGAUCUAUUUGGGCGUAUGGGGGAACUUGAUAAGGCAAUUGAAGUUAUUAAUGAUAUGCAAGUAGCAGUUGGGCCUCAGGUAUGGGGUGCUUUGAUUGGUGCAUGUAGGAUUCAUCAUAACACAAAAUUGGGAAUGAUUGCAGCAAGUAAAUUGUUUGGUUAUGAUUCGAGUCAUGUGGGGUACUUGAUUCUGUUAUCAAAUAUGCAUGCUGUGAAUAAGGAUUGGGAUAAUGUAUUGAAACUUAGAUCAAUGAUUAAAAGAAAUAACUUGACUAAGGUAAAUGGUGAAAGUGCAAUUGAGGUAAAGAGUGAGGUUCACAGGUUUACUGUGGAUGAUAGAUUUCAUCCUCUGGGGGAGACUAUUCGUGGGUUGCUUAGGUCAUUGGAAGUGAUGAUGAGGGAAGAAGACCUACUUUACCCGGAACCGGUUCCUACAUACCGGUCCGGUUUUCGGUUCUUCAAAAUCCCAUUAACCGGUUCCGGGUUUUCCGGAUCCGGAUUCAUCCGAUCCGGGUUUGGGCUGCAUCGAGGAAGUCAAAAGAAAGAGAAGAAUGGUGAGGUAUGUGGUGGAAGCAGUGAAUUGAAGACAGAACCAGCUAUAUCUGGCUUUGGUUUGAAUUUCUUUGACAUAAAACGCUAUCAUUUUGGCCUCUGUUUUGUCAAUCUAUUUUGA